AUGUGUCAUGUAGCAGAAGAGAAGCGACAGCAUCUUUCCGCUGUCGAUGUUGUGCGACACCUCUGGGAAUGUCUGUAUCACACUUACGAGGCAUUCGAGGGCGCUAUCGAUGCACGCCAAGACCGACACCAUCUCCCCAACACCUUCUGCAGCAGCAUUCGCCGUGUACACAGCCUGGAGACACUCAAGGAGGCAAAUACCACAUCGAAACACGAGGCCCGCAAAAUCGAUCUCACUAAUAAGGUGGUGUGA